CGCCCGCUCGGCUCUCAACACAACACGCAGUUUCAAAAUUCAGAAAAUUAUUACUCGCAAAAUGUUCACGGAAUCUCUGUAUUCACAUGUUUAAUACUGUUUUGUAUUUGCACUUACUGCACAAAUAUUGCGUGAGUUUUAUUUUAAGUGCAUAAGUUAUAUGUGUGUACAUUUGCUUUUGUUUAUACUUAAAUUUAUACUUACAUUUUAAAACUAAACGAGUGUCAUGAGCGUUUCACAACAACAACAAACAUCCAGACAGGAGAGAUAUCAUCUACCUCGAUGCUGCAGACGCUGUUUUGUUUAUAUAAAGUAAAACUAGUAAUGUGAAGUUUAGCCUAAAAGUGUCAGUCAAGCAGUAUUUUUAGAUUUUUUCAAGUGUGUUAUGUGAUGGAUGGAGAAAAGGAGAAAAUGAAUUCAGAAACACGUGGACAUCUUUCAAUAUCAAGAGGAUAUUCAGUUGAACCCUGGCACAGUACUCCUGUCAAAAAGAAUCUUUUUGGUACUGAAGAAACCCCAGAUGUUUCCCGAGACAAACUCAAAGAUGAAAGCAGAUCAAGACCUGCAGGUCUUACUUCUACAAACCUCUCCAAACCAAUGUCCUUUUACUCAUUACCACAAGAUUAUCAGACACCAGCUAACGGAUUGGAGAUCUCCACCAUCCAAAAGCAGAGAUUCGAGCUGCAAUGUCUGAUAGCAGAACUGAAGGACCGGGAAACCGAACUCAAUGCCAUGGCUGCAGCCCAUCACAGGCAGCUUUUAUCCUGGGAACAGGACCGUCAGAGAGUCCUGAUACUGGAGCAGAGAUGUGCCAGGCUGGAGGAUGAGCUGCAGAAGCGUAAUGAUGUGAUCAGAGCUCUUAGCAAACGAACAAAGGUGGUGGAGGCGAGAGAAAAAGACAUCUAUAGAGAACUCAACAGCGCCCAACAGCAGCUACAUGAGAUGAGCCAGACACAACUGAACACCAGCAGACACCAACAAGACCUGGAGGAGAAGAACCAGAGUCUGAACUCCACCAUCAUGAUGUUGUCAUCACAAGUAGGACAGCUGCAGGUGCGAGAGGAGGAGCUCAGUUCAAUGCUAAAGCUGAAGGAUAAAGAUGUGAUUGAGGCAACCAAUCACAUUUUAGAGCUGUCUGGUCGCCUUUGUGAGCUAGAGAAAUCCCUGGGGGAAUUGCGAAUGCGCGAAAGCAAAGCCCUGCGAGAAAUCGAGGAGCAAAAACACAGUUUCAGAGAGAGCAGACAUGAAAACACACAACUGAAAGCUGAACUUCGGGAGAAGACCUUUGAGAAUAACGCACAGAGAGAAGAUCUCAUCCGAAUGAAACAGGAGAAUCAGCUGCUAAAAAAAGAGCUCACUGCCGUCGAACUUCAGCUUCUGAAUGAGGAUAAAAGCUGGAGGGACGAAUUACUUGAAAUCUCACGAUCAAAACAAGCUCGAGCCGAAUCGGAGCUGCUCUGUCUGCGGCAGGUGUGUGAAAACCAGCAGAAUGAUCUACAGCUGCUCAAGUUGAACUUGGAGAGUGCCAGGGAGACGCUACGACAUCAUGAGGGUCAAAGGUCACGACAUAAAGGUCAAAGAUCACCUGAGAGGGAUGAUUCUGGUAUAGGAGCCAGUCAGGUGAUGAUAUUCAGUGAUCAGCAGGACACAGAAAUAGACACAGGGUUGAUAUCCAGUCUGAGUCACAGCACAGGCAGAAAUAUUUCUUCAGAUUUAACGCAACAUCCUCAAGUUGAAGCAGAAACGCAAACUUACGACGAGCGUGAGUUUGACGGCACCACUCAGAGCUUUAAAGACCCAGAGGUCAAAGGACAGUCAGCUGUAGGUGAAGAUGACUCGGACAGUGUGCGUACUACAGGCGCCUGUACUGCUAGACAGGGUACCAUCAGUGACCAAGAGUUUCAUGACAACCCAACUAAAGAAACUGAUGUUCAGUGUUCGCCCCACAGCGCCUCGACAGCUCUGUGCUGUGAUAAAUCUGGUAACCCACCAGAGAGUCGAACCCAUCAGGCUGUUUAUUCUGACGCUGGGGCUGGCAUGGAUUUUAUGGCUGUCAUUGACUAUCAUCCAGAUAUGGGAACACCUCUGUGUCUUGUUGACAUGGAUGUCGUUCCUACAUUCCCCUGUACGGCAGAUCUGAGCUGUCUUCACCUGGAUUGUCCCUCACCUGGAAGUGGGCGGAGCUCCGGUCGUUUACACGAUUCUGCAUUAAGCAUUGAGUUCAGCGGCAAUGAGGAGGGGUACAACUCAUCCACGAGUCGCUUACAGCGUUUGCUGGCUGAGUCUCGGGAAAUGGUGGCAACUUUGGAAUGCACUUCCGGAAAACCUGUCAGCCCGGCUCAAAGCCCCACAAACAGUGAUGCUGUCUGUCAACUCCAAACUAGCAAUGGCAGCGGCAGUCACCACAACCACUCCCAGUCCUCCACCCAUAGUCAAGAAAGCAGCAAAACAAGCAGGGAGAGUGACUUCAAAAACAGUCAAGGAAACAAGGAUUUGUAGUUUUGAGAGCCUCAGAGAACUGGAGAUUCCUGUGAACGGCCUUCAUCUAUUACUGCAUAUAAAAUAAAACUUGAAAACCAAAUAUGAGUUUUGCAAAGCUAACAAA